AUGGCUGCUGGACCCAAAGGAGACAACAUUUAUGAAUGGAGGUCAACUAUAUUGUGACUGCCAGGAUCUGUCUAUGAAGGAGGGGUGUUCUUUCUUGACAUUACCUUUUCACCAGACUAUCCGUUUAAACCUCCUAAGGUUACCUUCCGAACAAGAAUUUAUCACUGUAAUAUUAACAGCCAAGGAGUAAUCUGUAUGGACAUCUUAAAGGACAACUGGAGUCCAGCCCUUACCAUUUCUAAAGUUCUCCUCUCCAUCUGCUCACUUCUUACAGAUUGCAACCCUGCUGACCCUCUGGUAGGGAGCAUUGCCACGCAGUACAUGACCAACAGAGCGGAGCAUGACCGGAUGGCCAGACAGUGGACCAAACGGUACGCCACCUAG